AUGGUAUCUAAUAAUGGUAGCAAUCUUUCGCAUAGCGAUUGCAUGUUAUCAGAAGUAUUAUCCGCUAAUCCCAAGUUGGAUUUAAAGAUUGCUACUGCUGGACAGAAACCUAUUGCUGCAAUUUUUAUCUUGAUUGGACUUCUUGGAAUAGCCUUUAAUAUAUCAGUAAUCAUAACUUUAAGGAAGAAGCCGUUAUCUGAUCGAGUUCGAGAAAAUCUCUCCAAUUUAUCCUCCUUUAACACUUUGCUAACUAAUCUAGCUGUAGCAGAUCUAUUAGCAGCCAUUGCUGUUACGCUAAUUGGCGUAAAGACUAUUUAUAUUAUAGUCGCAGCUGAGGAUUCAUAUAACGAAAACAAGAAAGCUCCAUCUAAUAUUAAAGAUCUAAUCACUGGUUCUAAUGGAAUCUGUAAGAUAAGCUACCUCUUCUUUUUUCUAACAAACUUCGUGUCCAUCCUAACGGCAACUAGCAUGGCAGUUGGAAGUUAUCGUGGCAUCGUCAUAGGCAGUAUGCGUCGUGCUGGAAGUACCAGAUUAAGCCGUAAAAAAAUGGCUUUACUUUUGACAGUAAUAUGGUGUACGGCUAUAGCCAGUUCCAUACCUACAUAUUAUAUAGUCGAAGUGACACCGGCAGUAUAUAAUCGCUGUUUCUUUACACAUCAUUUGCCUAAUGGAUUUUCUACUUUUAAUCUUGCGUUUACUAUAUUUAUAACGGCUAUCUUUUACUUCACACCGGCUUUCGUUAUGAUGUUCUGUUACAUUCGCAUUGAUAGAGAGUUAAAGAAACAUUCACAACUUAAAUUACAAACACUAGCUACAACCAGUUCUACAAGGUUUAGCAACGGUGCCGAGCAGCAGAAAUAUCAAAAUUCCAAUAAAAAGGCCCAGAAGCCAGUUGUUGUGUUAUCUAUUAUCGUAGCAGCAAUUUUCUUAAUUACAAUGUUGCCGUUUAUGGUUUAUUUGUGGGUUAUAGCUAUUAGUAAAUGUAAUGCGGAUGAAAUUUUACAAAUAGUUUUGGUAGAUCGAUCCCAUUUGUGGAUUUUAUUCGAGGUUGCUCAUAUUCUUUAUGUUAUGCCACCGCUGGUUAACCCGAUAUGCUAUUCCUUUUGCAUUCCAAGUUUUCAACGAAAAUUUAAGGAAAUGUGUGGAGAAUUUAACGAGGAAGAUUCUUGA